AUGACAGAAAAUAAACCAGAUGAAGUUUUAAAAAAGAUUGAUAAUAUGUCAAGUGCCGAUUACUACUUUGAUUCAUAUUCACAUUUCGGUAUUCACGAAGAAAUGUUAAAAGAUGAAGUUAGAACUAUGGCAUACAGAAGAGCUAUUGUCAAUAAUAAAAAUCUUUUUAAAGGUAAAGUUGUAUUAGAUGUUGGAUGUGGUACAGGUAUUUUAUGUAUGUUUGCAGCUCAAGCAGGUGCUAAAAUGGUUAUUGGUGUCGAUAACUCUGAAAUGUUACCAAUGGCUCAAAAGAUUAUCACUGCUAAUAAUUUCGAUAAAACCAUCACAUUAAUCAAAGGAAAAAUGGAAGAAGUUGUUUUACCAGUUGACAAAGUUGAUAUCAUCAUUUCUGAAUGGAUGGGUUACUUUAUGCUCUAUGAAGGUAUGUUAGAUACCGUUCUUUAUGCCAGAGAUAAAUAUUUAGCACCAGGUGGUGUUAUUCUUCCAGAUAAAUGUAGUUUAUAUAUCACUGCUAUUGAAGAUUUAGAUUAUAAAGAAGAAAAAAUUAAUUUUUGGAAUAAUGUUUAUGGUUUCGAUAUGAGUUGUAUUAGAGAAGUUGCUCUUAAAGAACCAUUAGUAGAUGUUGUCCAACCAAAUAUGAUUGUUACCAAUGAUUGUUGUAUUUUGAAUGUUGAUAUUAUGACAAUUACAAAAGAUCAAUUAAAAUUCAAAUCCGAUUUUAAAUUAAAAGCUUUAAGAGAUGACUUAAUUCAUGCAUUUGUAGUAUAUUUUGAUAUCGAGUUUUCAAAAGGUGAUAAACCAGUUUACUUUUCAACCGGUCCAAAAGCUAAAUACACUCAUUGGAAACAAUCAAUUAUGUAUUUCGAAGAUCACAUUAAAAUUCAACAAAAUGAAAUUAUUACAGGUACUUUAGAUUGUGCACCAUUCGAUAAAAAUCAUAGAGAUCUCAUGAUCAAAUUAUCUUUUGAUUUCAAAGGUCAACAAAUGUCAAACUCUGCCCAAUUAGAAUAUCAUAUGAGAUAA